CCUCUGUUUCCCACCCAGCCUCCUCCACAUCACCAUACCCCCUUUAAGACUAUUGCGCGCAUUAAAUUGCUUUUCAUUUCCGCGGCCGUGACAGUCCAAGAGAUUCGGGUAAGGGUGGGGGGAAAGGAUUUACGCAUUUUCUCGAGUCUUUUUUUUUUGUUUUUCUCUUUUUUCCCGUUUUUGUUCCCCCCUCCUCCCCCCGGACUGUCAUUCUGUUUCAUAUCACCGCUGCGGGGUUAUGCGCCGCUUUGCGCCAACCAAGAUCAAGUUCCACUAGUUGAAACAUUGGUGGGAAGAUCAAGCAACGCGCAGGAUAUCGCAUGACCCGGAUUACUGCGUGUAAGGAGGACGCUGGACGAGCAUAUGCGCCGAUCUCCGGUCAGUUUUUGGAGCAUUUGCAAUUGAAGCAGAGGCGCUCGCAGAACCGGUCCGAGGAGUCGUGUCCUUCUGCGUUCACCAAUGCGCACGGAUGAAAGUCACCGUUAGAACGCAUGCGGCGCGUCUGCGCUGAUGUGGGAUUACUGCGCCCUUUUCCGCCUCCCGAGCUCCACCAUGUCCGAACUUUGGUUCUGGCUCUUUUUCCGAGAUGCCGAUUCCUGCUGGAGCAGCAGCACAAGAGCCGCGCUGGCCGUCACGUUGCUGGCGUGAGUGAGACCGUAUGCGCGCUCUUCCGUGCCUGGUUUAUGGAGCUAAACGUCGAGGAGACUUGACUUGUCGUUUCCCCCCUUCCCUUCCUCCCCCUCUUUUUUUAAAACAUACCAGUGGACAAGGGUGGGUGAAACCGGAGAAAAAAGGGGGAGAAAAUCCAUGUUUUCCAGCGACGUUGGAGGAAGAAGCAGGGGCAUAGCCGUGAUUUUCGGGAUGCCUCGGCGUUUAUCGGGAUCACCGCGAUGACACCUCACACUGGCGCCGCACUCAAGUGAGCUGGGGCAUCCUCUCCCAGGAAAAAUGCAUAUCUGGAUCCUAAAAAUAAUCCUUCUGAUUGCAUCAUCCCCGAGGACGGUUGAGAUGUAUGAUAAUUAUGGGGAGAUCUGCCGACACCUGUGCACGUGCGAGGAGAAGGAAGGGGUCCUGAUGGCGAGCUGCGAGAACAGGGGGAUUAUCAGACUGACAGACAUCAGCCCGGUUCAUUUCCCCAUGUACCACCUCCUGCUGACAGGGAACCUCCUGAAAAAGCUGUCAGUCAAUGAUUUCAUCAAUUACACCGGGGUGACCAUCCUGCACCUGGGGAACAAUGAUAUCUCUGAAAUAGAGUCGGGCGCCUUCAAUGGACUCCAGGGAUUAAAAAGGUUGCACCUGAAUAACAACAAGAUUGACGUUCUGAGGGACGACACCUUUGCAGGACUGGAGAGUUUGGAAUACCUUCAGAUUGAUUAUAACUACAUUACCAUCAUAGAACCCAGUGCCCUGAACAAACUGCACCAACUGACGGUGAUGAUUUUGAAUGACAACCUACUCUCUGCCCUCCCCUCCAAUAUAUUUCGGAAUGUUCCCCUGACGCACUUGGACCUCAGGGGGAACCGGUUAAAAAUGUUCCCCUACAUUGGCCUUCUGGAACACAUGGACAAAGUUGUGGAAUUACAACUAGAGGAGAAUCCCUGGAACUGCUCCUGUGAGCUGAUUGCUCUGAAGGCCUGGCUGGAGAGUAUAGCCUACACGGCUCUGGUGGGAGAGGUGGUGUGUGAGACGCCCUUCAGGCUCCACGGCAGGGACCUGGACGAGGUGUCCAAGCAGGAACUCUGCCCGCGAAGACCCACGGAGGAGACGGUCAGGCCUGCACCCCCUAGCAGCACCAAUGGAUAUUACCAGACCACACCUGCUGCCGUGACAGCUUCUGCCACCUCUUCGGCUGUUUUUAGGUCCUCCUCUAGGCCUACAAAGGGCACACGGCAAUUUAACAGAACUAGGUUAAAGCCCACCUCUCGGUUACCGGGUGGCAACCCAUACAACUAUGGCCCCAUCAUUGCUUUUCAGACCAAAUCUCCUGUGCCUUUGGACUGUCCCACUGCCUGCACAUGCAAUCUGCAGAUUUCUGAAAUUGGGUUAAACGUCAACUGCCAAGAGAGAAAGAUCGAAAGCAUUUCUGAUCUAAAACCCAAGCCAUACAACCCUAAAAAAAUGUAUCUCACUGGAAAUUACAUUCCUGUGGUUCGGAGAUCAGAUUUUGUCGAUGCUACCGGAUUGGAUUUGCUUCACCUGGGAAACAACAGGAUAACUCUGAUCCAUGACAGAGCUUUUGGGGAUUUAACCAACCUGCGUCGGCUGUAUUUAAAUGGUAAUCUCAUGGACAGGCUUACAGGGGAGAUGUUUUUUGGCUUGCAAAACUUGCAGUACCUCUAUUUAGAGUACAACAAAAUCAAGGAGGUGGAUGCGGGCGCUUUCCGCUACCUCCCUAAUCUCCAGCUGCUUUUCCUCAACAACAAUCUCCUUAAAAUUUUACCUGUGGGCAUCUUCUCCAGCCUCUCCCUGUCGAGGCUUAAUCUGCGUAACAACCAGUUCCAAAACCUGCCAGUGAGCGGGGUUUUGGAUCAGCUGAAGGCGCUAGUGCAGAUAGAUCUGUUUGAAAACCCCUGGGACUGUUCCUGCGAUGCGGUGGGCAUGAAGAUUUGGCUCGAGCAGCUCAGUGCAGGCACUGUGGUUAACGAGGUUGUGUGUGAGACGCCUAAACGACACGCGAGCAUGGAUCUGCGUUCAAUUCAGUCAGAGCAGCUGUGCCCAGACUAUUCUGAUACUUACGUCUCACCCACACUCCCAACAGAGGAGCCCAUGGAUGGUCACGCUGUCACCACACAUGCUCCCCAGAAGUUCAACCCCCUCAGCAGCACUGUCCCCCUCUCCGUCCUCAUCCUCAGCCUCCUGCUUGUUUUCAUCAUGUCCGUGUUUGUGGCGGCAGGGCUCUUUGUGGUGGUGAUGAAAAGGCGCAAAAAGUCACAGAGUGACCGCACCAGCACCAACAAUUCAGAUGUCAGCUCGUUUAACUUGCAAUAUAGCCUCUACAGCAACCGCUCGGGCCCUAAAGUCAAAGCCCCAGCGGGCCACGUUUAUGAGUACAUCCCCCAUCCAAUGGGCCACAUGUGCAAAAAUCCCAUUUAUAGGUCAAGGGAAGGGAACGCAGUGGAGGAUUACCGUGACCUGCAUGAGCUCAAGGUAACAUACAGGAAUACCCCGGAUGAAGAGAGGGACAGUACGAUGAGGAGCCCUUCGUACAGCGUUAGCACCAUCGAACCACGUGAUAACCCUUCCCCUGUGCAGGAUGCAGAUCACUUCUUCAGAGGAAUCCUGGAGCCUGAUAAGCAAUCGUCCCAUCAGUCAAUCCCAUCCAUCCCAGCGGGAGCCAAUUUAGAGUACAAGUACACAGGGCCGGUGUCGUAUACAUACAAUCCAAACUUUGAUGUCAGACGGCAGUUCUUGCACCCGGAGAGGAUAAGAGAGACGGUGCUCUACGGCACAGCGCCUAGUACUGUUUAUGUCGAGCCCAACAGAAACGAGUAUUUGGAGCUAAAAGCUAAACUGCAAUCUGAGCCCGAUUACCUCGAAGUUCUGGAGAAACAGACCACCUUUAGCCAGUUCUGAGCAAGGCUCUGUUAAUGCAACAGAACAUGUCCCUCUCUGUUCUUCGUGGAAGAGUGGCUCAGUUUUUAGGGUGCCUUGGCACAAAAACACCAAGCGGGCAGAGGGAGUUGAGAACGGGGUGUGCCGAACAAUCUUGUUUCCGAAUCACGACAAUACGAGAAUGGAUAUGAGCUUUCUUGAAACAUGGAUGAACAAAACUUGCUCCACUUAACUGAUGAUGCAAAUUUUAUUUUUCUAUGGUGAAGGUCGAAUAACACAAAAAAUAUAUGUGUACUGGUAAAUCCUACCCAAGAUCAUUUUCAGGAAUAUAACCAUGCAUAAAAAGGUAUAUUGUGAGUCAGAAAAUGAAAUUGUUUAUAUAUAAAAAAAGAAAGAAAUAAACCCCUAUCGGACAAAAACACUGUACAGCAGAUCAUCAGAACUGUGUAGGACUAUUUUCUGCUGUAGUCUGUAAGUAAGUAUUUAUUGAUAUAAUCUGCCAUGUCUUUUCAAAACUUUGAUUCUACAUCAAUAUUACAUGUGUCAUCAUACUCCCAUCAUCCUCGGGAAAGGCUUAUGUUCGUAGUUUCAUUUUACUGUAGCUCUGCAUUGUAAAAGUGGCUUAUUUUGAAAGUGGCACCCCCCCCCCAAGUGUUCAAAACAGACUGCGUCAUUUGAAGAUUUAAAAAAAAAAGGAAAAAAAAGAAGUGUCUUUGUAUGCUUUCUGCACUUUUUGGAAUUGGGAGGCGAGUUCGCCUUCAAUGAGCUCUCAUAAAAGAGAUUAUUAUAUUAAAAAUGAAUAUGAGUAUUCAUUCUUAAUAUGUAGAGUUGAUAUGUUAUCAAACACUAAAUUGAUAAAUGAUAUUUGAAGUAUUCAUCAUGUUGUGUGAUACUAAUAUUUUAUUCAAUGUAACACCUAUUUUUAUACAAGCAUUGGCAGAUUCCUUCUUAGUUUGGAUUGCUUUGCACCUAUUGCACUAUAUUGACCAAACUAUGUUAUUGUCAUCAAAUAAACAUGAUGUCAGAUUCAUAAGACGCGCUGAUGAGGGAACUUAAGCUGUUGGUGGUGAUACGAGGGAUAUCGUUGGGUUAAAUCAAUAAUUCUCAUUCGUUGGGGUUAGGGUUCAGGGUAUCUGCAGGUUUAACGGAGCCAAAUUUAAGACUUUUCAAGACAUUCUUUAAGGCCACUUUGACCAAAUUUAAGCAAUUUUAAAAAAUUAAAUUUAAGCUUUAAUUCCCAGCUAUUGCCUGGAACCGGUGCUAACCACGUCGCGAACAAGGGAUUAGCCAUCCAGUUACCAUUAAACUUGCACUUCCCCAUGGCGCAAGCUCCCACUAGCUUAACCAGCUAAUGUGCUCAUCUAAAAUAGCCCCCUUUCACAACCAGCUGAAUGUGUAUGGUUCCGCUUAUUCAAAAAAAAAAUGCUGAACACCAACUAGAAAUUCACGAAAAUUUUAUAGUAAUAAAAUAAUCUUGUUUAUUGGGUCUUUAGUAAAGUAAGACCUUUGGAAACUGUAUUUAAGGGUUAUUAGUCAUUUUUAAGGAUUUUUAAGGCCUUAAAUAUGGAAAAUCAGAUUUAAGACUUUUUAAGGACCCGCAGAUACCCUGGGGUUAGUCGGGGGGAGGCAGAAGAAUCUGUAAUUUUUACCAUUUUUUUAUGCUGGGAUGCUGAACUAGGUGGAAGUAGCACUCAUCCCUCCUGUCCUGCAGACUCAUGAGCGAGGUGUAAUGAAAUAGAGGCCUUUUAAACACGGAACGUUUCAAAUGUGAAACGGAAGAGAAGGCAUUCCACACAGCUGGUUAACUAGUUAACCUCCUGGAAAUCUGAACGUGACUUUGAAUUUGAACGUUUUACACUGCUUUCGAGCUUGACUUUCUGUCUGGCUCCAAACUGCGGAGUUUGACGUGUUCUGGAAGCGUAGCGCAUAAUAAACACAGUGGAAUCAUAAGCAGCGCAUUAUGCUUCUGGGAAACGUCCAGAGCAUUAUGCUUCAUGGCAGGUGGAAAGGCACCUGUCCACUAAUUGCCGUGAACGAUGCCGUUUUGCGACGUUUUCGCGUCAGGUGCAAAGGAGGGGAUGCCUGUUUAACCCAGCAGAAAAGGCAGUGAAUAAACACACAGAAGCAGCAACAGUGAAGGCAUCGGAACAAGUCAUGAGAAAAUCUCCCUGGAUUAACUGUGAAUAUGGUUGGAAAUCUGGAAAAGCCCCCCAGAAAACGUAUGUUCCCUAGGAGGGGAUGGCGGAGAAUACGUGAGAAACACCGUCUUGGUGAUCUAGACAAAGGCGGCUUUUAUUUUCUAAUUAAAUGUGGGCUAACAAGAACCAACUCGGUUUUGGAUUUAGUCAAAUCUGCUGAGGAUACUGUAUGUGCUUCACUCAAAGGGGCAACUUGGGUCUCAGAGAGGAUUGGAAUCAAUAGGGUUCAAUCAAUGAGCAUUAUCCCCUUGCAAUUAUACCAUGACAACUGCAUCCACACCACUGCCUGGCAAGAAACAAGGAGGUCAUUUAUAUCAACUUCACUGGGAAACCGAUUCCAACUCCCAGCAAAGCCAGUGGGUACAAACGUCAAGAUGCACGGGUAGAUUAAAGGGUUUUUAAUUGGUUUUGCUUGAUGUGUGCACACGUUUCAGACAUCUCUUCACAAAGCAUGUUCAAAUGUUUUACUUAAAGCUCAAAAGCGCGUGUUUCGAUUUUUUUCCCUCCCUUUUGGUUGCUUCACACUUGACCCAGUUAAACCCAGUAUGCAAAGCAGGUCGAUAAAAAUGCAAGGGGUGAAGCACGCCACCAUUUUCGCUGUGCAGCGAGCAUCACUAUUUAGGAAUUCAAUCAAACAGAGACAGACGGGAUCUUGUAGGAGAGGAAAACUGCCGUCUAAUUCCAGUGGAAUUAUUUGGAUUACUAUGAAUUUAUAAUUAAAGAUAUUUAUGUGCAAAUGUGGUUACAUAACGUUAUUUUUAUUGCCUGUUUUCGCUUAUUGAGCGGAGAAAAAAAAAAGGACAGAAAAGCUUUGGGUCUUGCUGGAUCUUUUCAUAGAAGCCCAGAAAGAGAGCAGAAGGCACCGUUUGGGAGAUGAGGCGUUCUGGAACCGAUCGUAACUGUGGAUGUGUCAUACAUGUAGCAGGGGACAUGAAUCAGAGCCAAGAAGUGCGUUCAGACACGGCAUCAGUGGUCUUUGGGGUGUUCUGAGUUAGAAUUUUAUUAUUUUUGGAGACACCUUUAUUGAAAAAACUGUUUAUUGAGGUGCAACAAGCACCUGAGCAGCUUGGUGAGAAAUGUUGAAAAGGUGGCGCAGAUGGCUGUGGUGUUUUUGUAAAUGUAAUGUUUUUUGCUCUGAAUGAUUCGUAGGGACACUCACAAAAACAAAGAACAGAAGGAGGAAGUUUCACGAUUUAAGUCAAAUCGUUAAGCAGCAAAUGAGAUGAGUAAAGAAAAAAGUGGAAAUAUAAUCUCCAGAAAAACAGUCAUAAAAUUGAGAUAAAAUAUUUUUUAAAUGGAAUUACAUACAGUUUCUACAUUAAAGUGCAAAAUUGUUGAAAUUAAAGCUAAUAUACAUAUAUAUCUAUAUAUAUAUAUAGAUAUAUUUAUAUUAGAGGUGGGACUUGAUUUAAAAAAUUAUUCUAAUUAAUUGGAGGCUUUGUAAUUAAUUAAUCUUAAUCGCAUUUUAAUCGUUCGGGAAAAUGUGCCCUCAAAGCAAUUUUUUAAUGAAAAACAAUGAGGCAUAUACACACAGACACACACCAGCACUUUGUCCCAAACUUAAGGGAACAUUAAUGAAGGGAUCUUUGUUUAUUAAUGCUUAAUAAUGUAAUGUUACCAUUUUUUAAAAUAAAACUAAAAUAUCAAGAAAAUGAGAAUUAUUUGGAAAAAGAGCGCUAAAUUAUCUGGAAAGUUGUGGAAUAUGGAGGGAAAAAUGCCAAAAGUUUUAGAAACAAGUUGAAACGUCUACAAAAAUGUCUGAUGUAGUAUUUCUAAAACAAAGGUUUUGAGAUUAAAAAUGGAAUUUAUAUUCGGAUUUUGCAGUAGUUUAGGCUAAAGUAUGAGUUUGUUUUAUUAAUAUUGAUUAACAAAGUUUUUUGUGUUUUUUUUGCAAAUCAGAUGUUUUGUGUUGUGAGUUCAUGCCUUGGACUCUUAUUGUAAAGGAUUUCUUUGAGACGUUUUCUGUCUUCUGACUUUUCUUUAAACCCAAGCCAUAAAAGAUGAGUUAGACGUAUUUUUAUGAAAAUAGUGCUUCAAAUUUUUCUUCAGAUAUUGUAUUUAGACUUUUUUCGAAAACUAGUAUUUCAUAUGAAUUCAGGAAACGGCAUUGAUUGCUUUUUUCUGGAUUUUGACUUCAGUUUUCACAAUUCCUCUUUUUUUCCCCCAUUUUUGUAGCCCUAAUUUGCCGGCACAAACUUUAAUAAAAUCUUUGAGCACAACAAUCUUAUUAAUCCUCAAAAUAAGUUUUUUCUUUAUCGUGUUCGGUCUCAUUUGAACAAAAACAACCAGAUAAGUAUGUUAAACUCUGUAAGUGACUUUUGGUCCUUUUUAUAGCAAACUCGUGGUUUAUUCCUAUUCUAUUUAAAAUAUUUUAAGGCAGCCAGCAGAUAAAUGUAAAAAAAAAAAAAUUAAAAAAAAAAUAAAAAAGAAACAGAAGUAUUCUGCAAUGGUCAACUUUGGUAUUCUGGAAAGCAGGCAGGGUGAAACAUUUCGGGCGGUCUUGCCUCAUGCUGCCCCCAUUUUUUCCAUUUUUGGGGGCUAAAUCUUAUCGUGCAAAAAUCUGAUGCAACAUCAGGCGUGAUUCAGGUGCAAAUGGAGCCGUCAAAGAAAUCUCACUCUGAAUGCAGCAGAGAGAGCUUAUCAGACGGCAGCGGCAGCAAAGCUACAGCUCUCAGCUCCGAGCUCCUCUCAGACAGUGAUGGGCAGCCAGCGUUCUCUUACGCUCUCUGCUUUUGCACCAUUUGAGAGUUAAUCAAUGCGGAAGCAGAGUGGGGACGGUGCAUGAAAUCUGUCCAAGUUGCAUGAAGUGUUGGCUCAUCGCUGCUGCUAUUUUCAGUACAUGGAGCAAAAACGUGCCGGGCAAUUAUAUUCGAAAUGUGUUUUCCUAAAAUAAAGGGCUAAUUAAAACUGUUUUCUGGGACUGAUUUAGCAGAGUUCUGCUAAGUAUUUGUGUUCUGUGGCUUCUCAGAUGUUGUUGAUGGCAGAUUCGUAUGUUUAUGGUAAAUAAAAGCAGCUUGAUGCAUGUAUACAGGGCCAUAUUGAACAGUUUGGAGCAGGGGGGCAAAGUUACAUGGUAGGCCCCAGUUUUUACACCCUACACUUUUUUGUCCAUUUUUGUGUAGUUUUUGCUUCUUUUUGGAUUUUGGUAAAUUGUGUGAAUGACUGAUUGUGUUGUAAAGCUUCUUGGGGGGUUCCAGGACUUUAGAAGGUGCUUUAUCAAAUACAGGCCAUUUUUGGACUUUCAUCAAGAAUAGCUUGAAUAUUAGCAGCAUUUGGUCAAAUUCCACAUAAAACUGAAAUGACAAUUAAAAACAGGAUGUCACUCGAGAUGUCACUGGUUUUCUUCAACCCCAAUGUUAUGACUUUACCAAUAGAUGGAAUCAAAAAAGAACUGGUUUCAGCUCCCAGUUUUGUAUGUUGUUGCACUACAUUGGUGCAACUUAUCGAGCAGAUUUUAAGUUAAUUGCCUUGCAAUCAUCAUUUGUCAGUAAAGAUUGCCCUACGGUUACUAUAUGUUGCCCCAAACGUCUUUUUAGCUAGCUCAAAAAAAGCUUUUUUCAUCAACUCUUGAAGCAAAAAUUUCACAUUUAUGACUGUCAUCUUUGAAAUGUUUUGUAUUUGGCAUUUGCGUUACCAGUUUAAUGAAUGUUGUAUUAAAAAUCAGCUUAUUGCACAAUUAUCCACUUGACAUUUAGGACAAGUUUUUAUUUCCUUAUUGUUUUUGUACCAAAACACAUUGCAAACACAUGUCUGAAAGAUAAUUAGUCUAAUGUGUAACAGCACCCCUGCAUGCUGAGCUAAAUCUCGUGGGUGGACAUCUACCAUAUGCUCAAUUGAUGCCUCACCCUACCACCGGCCCUUCUUGUUCCAGCAGAAAAUGCCUUUUCCUCUGUGCUGCCUCGCUUUCCUUCUACCACCCAGUUUCCACGAUCAUGUGAGCAAUUGAGUUCAAGGAGAUCUGGGUAAUUGAGAGGGCAGGGAUGGCAUCUGACAGGCACCGAUGACUUCAAUGAUUACUUUAAUCAGAGUGGUUAAUGGAAUUCCUUCAGGCAUGUAGAAAUGCUCAAAUGUUCAUCAGCACUCAACCGAAUUUCACCCCCUCCCCCAAACAACGCCUUUCCUUCUACCUUACGUUUCCAUAAUUACCGAUCAGUUGCCGUUCCUCGUCAUGCCUUCACUUCCUGCGUAACCCUCUGGCAUCUGCACUUUUGUUUGUUCCCGUGGUCUUAAAUCCAAAGUGGGAUAUAUUAUGUGGGGUCACUGGGCUGCUUUAUGGACAAAAUGCAUUAUGGAUGAAGUGUUUUCACAUGAAAUGUCAUAGCAAACCUCGUCACAUCCACGGGGACAGUCAAGGACUCAAUCACAGUAAAAUCUGCACAGACAAGUCUGUGCUCGCACACAUUUUAUGUUUAAAGGAAAGAGAUGCUUUUUCUUUUCUUUCUUUCUUUUAAAUGCAAGAUAAAAAUGUAUGUUUGGUCUUUUAUGUGGGGAAGAAAAACAACCAUUUCAGUUGAUAUCACGUUUUGGUUCAUUUCUGUUCUAGUUAACUUUUAAACACCCCCCAGAUUAAUUGGGGCUGAUCUGAAUCCAGAAUUAUAUAUCUGCAAAUGAAUAAACCUCCCUGUUUAAAUAAUUUCACUUUUUUGAGGUUGCUGUACCAAUUUGGCAUGAGGAAUUAGAAAAAAUCCGUAGACAAUUGAAAGUUAUUGACAAAUCGGGUUUUUAAUAUAAAUUCUUUAUAAAUUUUUUAAUAUAUAUAAAUUAUAUUUUUCUUUAAUUCAAGAAUGGUAUUACUAAUGUAUUUUUUCUAACUGGAACAAUUUAUAUACAUCACUAGAAAGUGCAUUGAUAUUUGACCAAAUUUCUAGAGAGAUUUUAGUUUCUUAGGUAUGUUUUAGUCCUAUUUAGUAAUUCAGUAAGUCUUUCCCACUCCAGAUAUUCUUUUAUUUCCAUAAGUGUUAGAAUUAAAUAUGUAUUUUUGUGGCUUUUCAAUUUAUACAGGCUCUUCCUUCCGUGCUAAAUCCAGUUAUCCUUACCUUAAAUGUAUUGCUUUGCACUAAGAGCAAAAAUGUAUUCAGUCGAAGAAAAAAAAAGAUCUUCAAAUGUUUCCAGUCCCUGCAUAAUCAAAAGACAAAGCAUCCCAAAUUUUGCAUUGGAUUGAUGGAAACAGUACUACUGCAACGUUAUACUUCCAUUGCUUGGCAGGAAGCAGCUUAACCUCCUUGUGUAGCUGAUUCUGUCUGAUGUACAGCUGCAAAAGGGAGUAAUGAAGUCCCUGCUCUUCCGCCGCUAGCAUUACACCGAGCUGAAUGGUGGAUAAUGAAGUUAAUAUGGAGAUGGAAAUCCUUCAUGCAAAAUGGAUUGCAAUUAUCCUGGGAGCUAUGUGCAAUAUUUUCAGUACUUUUAAUUGUUACUAGGUACGAUAGGAUAUUUAGGGAUAUAAUUGUAUGUGUAUGAUCAAAGCUGUGAUAGUCUUCUCCUUAUAUCAGUGACUGGAUGAGAGGUUGUUUUGGGGGUUUUUUUAUAUACAUUUUUGGUUCCCUUGGGGAAAUUUGACCCAUCCUUACAUUGGUGAGGAGCAAUUUGUAUGCCACCAGUGAGGCAACUUGGGGUUCAGCGUCUUGCCCGGGGAUGCUUUGGCACAUGGCCAGCUAGGACUGGGAAACAAUCCCGUGACCUUCGGGUCAUGGGACAACCGCUGUAUUCGUUCAGCCACAGUCGCCUCCCUCAAUUCAGACUCUUCUGAUCCCAAAAGUCCAAAAUCAUAUUCCAAUUCUCUUGAGUUUUUAACCUUUCUUUUCAUGACACCUCUGCCCCUCCCCCCACACACAGACCAACUCCUUGUUUAGCCUGCCCUCAUUUUCAGUUCCCAUUGGGCUGCCCGCUUGUUUUCAUCAGGCUUCCCGUUUUGUUUGUUUGUUUGAUGGCGGCUGUACCCGCUGAUGUGGAGUCGUUUGAUAAAUGGCUACCAUAGCAUUACUGGCUCCCCAGCUGCGGCUGGUGAUGCCUGGCACAAAAAAAAAAACAAAACAAAAAAAAACAAGAAAAGAAAA